AUGGGCAUCAGGACCGGAGUGCUGCUGUUUGCUAGCUCCUUCCUGCUCGGUGCAUUCUUUACACACUGGUCAGUGGAUUACAAAACACUCUGGACGAGCAAGCUGCUCGAUUCAUCAGUCAAGUCUGCACACAUCUACUAUCAUGACUUGGUGAGGGCACCAGCAUGGGUCAGCCUCAUCCUAUACGGCGUCUCCGUGCUCGGCUUGGGCUCCACGCUCGCAAAGAUGGUAGAGAUGAACCAGUCAACGCUCCUCUUCGACGGAGCCAGCCUAUUCCUCCAGCUGACCACGCUCGCCACGUAUCACUUUGACAUCCGCAACGCCUUUGACUUGCUUCCGCCGCUCUCAGCAGGAUCAGCAGCGAGUGCAGCCCUCGUUGGCGUACUCAAGGAGCUAGCGAGCGCUCAUACCAUCAUUGCAGUCGCUCUGACGGGCGUCAUCGGGCUUCAGGCGGGUCAGUUUUACGCGGACAAGGUACCCCCGACGGUGCCUCAGUCGACAGCGUCAUCCGUGCCUACUUCGCCCGUCCAGCCGAGUACACCGAACAUGCCCUCUUCGCCGCGAAAACGAAAGUAG